CGGCUACGGCCGUGCACACGCGGCGCGGAGCCUGCAGACCUGAUGGGCAGCCCUUCGGCCGAGCGGCCAAGCAGCCCCGACGUGGAGGAAGCUCGGGCCGCACCCCUGCGGCGGAGCCUCAGCUUUAGGCACUGGAGCGAGCCCGAGGCGCCGCGGAGCCCUGCGCUGAGCGGCGGAAGGCGCCACAGCAGCUCCGGGAGCCUGACAUGGGCGCCCGACGACGAGGUCGAGGCGGAGGCCUCCCCGGAGCCAGUGGCCGGAGCUCAGCCCGUAGCGGAGAAGCGCAACACCUUGGAUGUGGGCGAGGUGCUCAGCAAGAACGAUGCGCUCUCGGAUCUGGAGCGCUGGGAGCGCAGCAAGAGCAAGAACCGCACGCUGGACAACAGCGACCUGCAGCGGCUAGAGCGCGCGAGGGCCGCAGCUGCCGGCCCGGGGGCAGCCUCGGAGCACCGGCUGCUGCGCUUUUUCAGCGGCAUCUUUGCGCGUAGGGACGGCGGGCCCUCUCCCCGAAGCGGCGCCCUGCGCUCCCGCGGUUACUUCAGCUUGCGGCGGGCCCCGGCCGACACGCAGUCGUCCAGCGCAGAGAGCAUCGAGGGGUCCCCUCGCAGAGAUGCUUUUGUGAACAGCCAGGAAUGGACUCUCAGCCGAUCUGUCCCGGAGCUCAAAGUGGGAAUUGUGGGUAACUUGGCCAGUGGCAAGUCUGCACUGGUACACCGAUAUCUGACAGGCACUUACGUGCAGGAGGAAUCUCCAGAAGAUAUGGACGCAGGUGGCAGGUUCAAGAAGGAGAUUGUGGUUGAUGGACAGAGUUAUCUGCUGCUGAUUAGGGAUGAAGGGGGCCCCCCGGAGGCACAGUUUGCCAUGUGGGUGGACGCGGUCAUUUUUGUCUUCAGCCUGGAGGAUGAGAUCAGUUUCCAGACUGUCUACCACUACUACAGCCGAAUGGCCAACUAUAGGAACACCAGUGAGAUUCCACUCGUGCUGGUGGGGACCCAGGAUGCCAUAAGUUCCACCAACCCACGGGUCAUCGACGAUGCCAGGGCACGGAAACUCUCCAAUGACCUGAAGCGGUGCACGUACUAUGAGACGUGCGCCACCUAUGGGCUCAACGUGGAGCGGGUCUUCCAGGACGUUGCCCAGAAGAUUGUUGCCACGAGGAAGAAGCAGCAGCUGUCCAUAGGCCCCUGCAAGUCCUUACCCAACUCUCCAAGCCACUCCUCUGUGUGUUCUGCCCAGGUGUCAGCCGUGCACAUCAGCCAGACAAGUAACGGAGGUGGGAGUUUAAGUGACUACUCCUCCUCAGUCCCUUCGACCCCAAGCACCAGCCAGAAGGAGCUCCGGAUCGAUGUCCCUCCCACUGCCAACACCCCGACGCCUGUCCGGAAGCAGUCCAAACGCAGGUCCAACCUUUUCACAUCUAGGAAAGGGAGCGACCCAGACAAAGAGAAGAAAGGCCUGGAGAGCCGUGCGGACAGCAUCGGGAGCGGGCGAGCCAUCCCAAUUAAACAGGGCAUGCUACUGAAGCGAAGUGGCAAGUCCCUAAACAAAGAGUGGAAAAAGAAGUACGUCACCCUGUGCGACAACGGCGUGCUGACCUACCAUCCCAGUUUACAUGAUUACAUGCAGAAUGUUCAUGGCAAAGAGAUUGACCUCCUGAGAACCACUGUGAAAGUGCCGGGGAAGAGGCCACCCCGGGCCACGUCGGCCUGUGCACCCAUCUCCAGUCCCAAAACAAACGGCCUGUCCAAGGACAUGAGCAGUUUACACAUCUCACCAAAUUCAGGGAAUGUCACUAGUACGUCUGGGUCUCAGAUGGCAAGCGGCAUCAGCCUGGUCUCCUUCAACAGCCGACCCGAUGGCAUGCACCAGCGCUCCUACUCAGUCUCCAGUGCCGACCAGUGGAGCGACGCCACAGUCAUUGCAAACUCAGCCAUCAGCAGUGACACAGGGCUGGGUGACUCGGUGUGUUCCAGCCCAAGUAUCUCCAGCAGCACCAGCCCCAAGCUUGACCCGCCCCCUUCCCCCCACGCCAACAGAAAGAAGCACCGGAGGAAGAAAAGUACCAGCAACUUCAAGGCUGACGGGCUCUCGGGCACCGCUGAAGCCAAACGCAAAGCAUGGAAACUAAACCGUGUUGGUAGCCUGCGAAACAUAUACAGCAGCAGCAGCACCAACACCGAAGAGCAAGAAGAAAACUUUGAGUUUAUCAUUGUGUCCCUCACCGGCCAGACAUGGCACUUUGAAGCCACCACAUACGAGGAGCGAGAUGCAUGGGUCCAAGCCAUCGAGAGCCAGAUCCUAGCCAGCCUACAGUCCUGCGAGAGCAGCAAGAAUAAGUCCCGACUAACCAGCCAGAGCGAGGCCAUGGCACUGCAGUCCAUCCGUAACAUGAGAGGGAACUCCCACUGUGUAGACUGUGAUACCCAAAACCCUAACUGGGCCAGUUUGAACUUGGGAGCCCUCAUGUGCAUCGAGUGCUCAGGGAUCCACCGGAAUCUUGGCACCCACCUCUCCAGGGUCCGAUCUCUAGAUCUUGAUGACUGGCCCAUGGAGCUGAUCAAGGUGAUGUCGUCUAUCGGAAAUGAGUUGGCCAACAGUGUGUGGGAAGAGAGCAGCCAAGGACGGACAAAACCCUCAUUGGACUCCACAAGGGAAGAAAAGGAGCGAUGGAUCCGGGCCAAGUAUGAACAGAAACUCUUCCUGGCCCCACUGCCAUGUACAGAGUUCUCCUUGGGCCAGCAACUGUUGCGUGCCACCGCCGAGGAAGACCUGCGGACCGUCAUCCUGCUCCUGGCACAUGGGUCCCGGGAUGAGGUGAAUGAGACCUGUGGGGAAGGAGAUGGACGCACAGCAUUGCACCUGGCCUGCCGCAAGGGCAACGUGGUCCUGGCUCAGCUGCUAAUCUGGUACGGGGUGGACGUCAUGGCUCGAGACGCCCACGGGAACACAGCACUGGCCUAUGCCCGGCAGGCCUCCAGCCAGGAGUGCAUUGACGUGCUGCUACAGUAUGGCUGCCCCGAUGAGCGCUUUGUGCUCAUGGCUACCCCCAACCUGUCCAGGAAGAACAACAGCAGGAACAACAGUAGCGGGAGGGCGCCCAGCAUCAUCUGAGCUCAGCCAACGCUGCUCCUGGGAAAGUCACAGCAUGUGAGUUCCUCAGUCCCUCCCUCUUCCUGGUGGUCACUUCCUCCCACCUGCCACUCACACACCCCACAUGAAGUCUCCAAACCUGGACAUCCUCAAGGGGAAAAGAGGAGGAUGGAGGCCACAGAACCGAACCCUUUUCCCACACUCCGGAAGCAAUGCAGGAGGGACUGACAACCUCCCGACUUUGAGGAUAGCACACGACGAGGGACCCCUGUUCCACUGACCUGGAACCCGGGGGAGGGGUAGCAAGGAGAAGGGGCAGCUUCCCCUAACUGGCAGUUAAGCACAUCAGAACAUUUCACCUCGACCAAAAGGAGGCUUGGAUUUCACAUCUUCUCUGGGGAGCUUGACGGCAUAAAUCAGAAGCCAGCACAGUUUGUCAGGUCUGAAGCCCCUAUGAUGGUAGGUGUCAAAUCAGUUGGAGCUAAUCUGUCCAGGGAGAAUACUGGCUUCAUUACGCUUGUAUAGUCGAGUUCCUCCAGCAUUACCGCUGUUUAAUAGGACGUGAUUAGUCAUCACCGGGAAGAAGGCGUAUUAGCCGAGGAGGUAGUUACGCGGCACGCUCCGGUGAUUGCCACGAUGUGAUUGCUGUGCGCUUAGAAGCAUCGUAUUAUCCCAGACGUCUCUCCAGCCCUCGGAGCCCUCCUUUCUAAAUUCACUGUCAUAAUUUAGUAUCUGUUUAAUUUUUCAGUCCAAAGAGAGGAAAUCAGUUGCUGGGUAUUAUUUGACGGCAAUCUCCUUCCUUGGUGCAAAAACAAAAUGGAAAAUAAAUAAAUAAAAAAAUAAGAAUAACUGGGAAAUUCAAAAAGAAAUCAUGAAUCCAGCUGAAAAUGGCUUUUCAAGUAUGCUCCAAAACUCAGUAAAUACGUAAAAUGCUAUGUUUUUUUUUCUAAGAGAGAUUUUCUGUCCUUUGGCCACAGUGGAUGUAUCUGGCCUCAGUCACUCCCAGUCCACAAGGUCUGAGUUACCAAGGUUUCUGUCGUAGAGAAGAUGUGUGAAAAUCUAUUUGAAUAAAAGGAGUUCAUAAAUAUGCAUUGAUUUUUGUGCAGACAAAUGGCACCUCUGUUAAUUUAUAAGUUGAACUGGAUGGGAACCAAUAAUGUGCAACUAGUUGAGAUCAGAGGGUUACAGAUCAGUGUACAUGGGAAGUGCUCCCAGCAGCAAGCACCUCCAUGAAUGUGGUAAGCAGCUUUUUUAAAGGUGCUUAUCAGAACAAUAUGGUAGGACGAUUUGCUUAGUAAAACCAGGAAGCAAAGGGGGACGGGAAGGAGAGAAGCAGACAAGUGGGAAGGAGCCUGUGAGUCCACAUCCCGAAGGCAGGAUGGAGAGCCGAGGCCACUCUUCCCAACCAAAAGCGAGGGGCUGUGGCAAGAAGGGGUGAUUGUAGGCACCCUGUGAGCAGCUGCCCACCAUUCUGGCACAGCUGGCUCCUAAGAGCCUGCUGACUCUGUGUGCUCCAUCCCGUCUGUUCCUAACGUGAUGACUGAUUUGCCAUCGUGGGCCACAGGGUGCAUCAGACACCAGCCACCUUCAGCACGGUGGUCAAGAACACCAAACCGUGACACUAUUUAGUUUAAAAAAAAAAAAAAUGAGAGGCAGCCUUGCCAGAGAGCCCUUGUGACAGUGUGGCAGGAAGAAGGCCAUCACACUGGAAGACUGGGCAAAGCCACCGCCUGGCAUCCUGUGAAGAAGCUCCUUGCUCUCAUAUAUUGAACUUUAUAUUUUGUAAGAGUUUUUCCUCUUCUUUCACUUUUUAAAAAAAAAUUUAAAGUAGAUGGGAACAAAAGUAAAGCUUUAGACAGCAUUUCUGUGUGGGUAAGUGUCUCGUGGAGAGCGCCAGUUUCAGCGCAGCUGGGACUGACCAGGAUCCAAAAGCGUCACAGGUGCGAAAGCCAGAGGCCUGAGAUCCUGAGCUCAGCUCCACGAGCCCUGUAUUUGGGUUUUCAUCCUGCUCCUCAUCACUGUGUCGUUUCUUUCAAUGUGAAUAGAGAAAGCAAGCUGUCAUUGCCUAUUUUUGAAGAAUGCAUUAGCGCCCAACCCUGCAAUCCGCAUUCGCCUCCACGUAGCCUUUACCAUAGACUUCUAUAGAGAACACAGAUAGAGUAUAAAUGAGAGUCUUAAAUUAUUUCAUUGUAGUUAAUUCCCACUAUAGGAGCGCUUUUAUCAUAGGGGAGCCUGCUUCAGAAGGGAAAUGGAGUCCUUCCUGAGGCUUCUCUUCGGGGUGUAUAUGAGUGUGUACAUAUUAUUAUGUUUAUAAUAUGAUAUUUUCCCGACUGAUUCCUUGUUUCACCUCACCCUCCACUGUCCGAAUGCUCAGUUGCUUGCUCUGGUUGCCCCUCCCCCUCCCUCCCUCCCUUGGUCACUCUGACAUCAUCAGGUCUUCCUCAGAACACACGGCCCCUCCCCUGCCAGUUUUAGCUGUGCUGAACUGUCCAAGGGGCAGCCCCCUUUUCCCAAGCCUGAGUUCUGACCACAGCUAGAAUGGUGGUAGUGGAGCCUCCAGGGUUCUCUGCAGAUGGAGGAGAGAAGCCUAUAGUUCACCUUCAGACCCAGGGCCUCCCCUCAGCGACAGCCUUCUUUUUCCCAUUUUCAAGCCGGCCACCAAGGCUGCGUGAAACCAGGAGCAGGGGUGUGGGGAAGGGAGCUGGGGUUAUGGAAAGCUCCCCCACACUAGGCACUUCAUUGAAUGCGAAUCACUUUUUUAAGGAGCAUGUCAGAAUAAGGUAGUGGUACAGUGGACCAGAGAAGCAGGGGGAGGGGGAAGGAGUAUGUGAGUUCUCGUUUUAGAACGCAGCGUCAGAGCUGAGACCCCCGUCCACCAGGAGCCAGGGCCUUCAAAGUGGCAGAUGUGAGGAGCCCACGGCAAGUCUGUGCAACCUUUGUGUUCAGGGUGAAUUUCCUCUUGUUGAGAAGUAGCCAGCUAGGCCCAGCAACAGACUGACCUAUGAGUUGUCCAUCAACUGUCCCGGGGGCAGUCUAGCCUGUGGCUACCCCUGCUGAACCCCUAAUGCCGUUCCCCAGGCCUGUGCACAGUGUCGGGGUGGGAACUGAAGCCCUCCUUAUCCUCCCCACUGGACUGUCACUCAAGCUGAAGGUGAGGCUCUCUCCUCCAGCCUUGUACCUGUGCGGUGGCUCCUCGCCUCUCCUCCCUGCAGUUCCCAUGAGGCUGCUGGGACACACACACCAUCAGUGCCCCGUUCUCGUUAACUCUGAGGAUCCUAGCACCUCAGGCCUUGGGCUUCACUGCCCAAUAAUCCCCAGAAGAGCUUGCUCGGAGCACUUUGUGGCAUCCUCCAUCAGUCAAGACCCGCAGUUGGUGGGUUUGUGACUGACCCUGGUGAACCAGGGACCUGCCGGCCCUAAGCCUGAGUUGUCCUCUUAGUUGCCAAGGUUGCCACCAUCCUUCCCUGAACUCAGGCUGUUUUACGGCUGAGAUGGGCACUCUCUAUCCCUCCUGGGGACACGGCCCACAACAGUACGGCUAGGAGACAUGUGAUCAGGGCCUCCAAGCUACCAGGAGGCAGAGGUUCAGAAGCAAGCCCAGGCCUUUUGGUGGGCCUCAGCUCGGCUGUCUCCGUCGGUCACACCCUGCAAGGUCCUUGAGGUUUUUCUAGACCUCUGCCAGGGUUGUAUUUUGACUUUGAAGCAAACAAAUUGAAAGGCAGUCAGGAAGGAAUUUGAGCAUCUAUAGAGUCCCCCCCCCCACCCUGCUCCUGUUGUGAAGGCACAGUUGGAGGUGAUUCCGCUCUUGUCACUCUCUAGAAAGCUGUUGGAGACCAUGGGUGUCUCACCAGCGUGCAGCCUCCUCCACUGUAUGUGUCUCUGGAUUCUAAAUGGCCCCACCUCUGCCAGGCCUGGCUACCACACAGCAGGACCAGGAGACCCACGUGACCCAGCUCUCUGUGCCUGGCCUGUUUGGGGGCCUUAAAAGCCACUGAGGUAGAUGGGUUUUUAGCCAAAAUUUAACAUUCCUCCUUGAGAGGUGAGAGAGGGAGAGGUCCAGCCACUCUCUGCUGAGGCCACAUCCAGGCAGCGCUAGCUCUCAGGCUUAGUCCCACCCUAGAACCAAGAAGCAGGCAGCCACCUCAGCUCAGAGAAGCCAGCGCCAGAAGGCAGGGCUCAUCUCUCUUCACGGGGGAAAGAAACCGCUGACCACCUGGGGCCUUAGUGUUUCAAGACACAAAGUCUCUUGCUGCUCGGGAGCUUUGGCCCAUGCUUUUUUGAAUGCUAAGAUUUCUGUUUAGUCUCUCUGUGCCUGCUGCUCUUUAAACAGCGGUUUGCACCUGGGUCCAAGUUGAAGAGAGAACAUUUCACCAUUUCACCGUAGCUGACUCUAGACAGCCCACAAAGCUUUGCAUCCUUCAAUUUUAGCAAACCCAGGUCAGGCGUGUUUCCAGGCCACCAGCCCGGUGACCCCUUGCCCAAGGCAGUGUGCAGUGAGGGUCCAUGGAAUAGCCGGCCACCUGUCCCUCGUGUCAAGAGGCCAGUUUUCCUAUAGAAGAGCAGUAUUUAGUUUGGGGUUUGCUCCUGUCUGGUCAAAGCAUUCUUCCCUGAGGUCUCUCCCGUAGUGAGCCUCAGGUGAGUGUGGGCAUCCGGCACUGGCAGCCGCGCUAGGGUCCAAGCUAGUGGCCUUGGUGAGCAGGAGAGAAGUCAGCUCAGGGCUCGUCUUUGUUCUGCUGGGCACAUGGCAUCUGCAGGGGACCCCCCGGGGGUCAUGAAUCAAGCCAUAUGAUGGACUCUCCCGCCAUAAGGGAGAACUGAUCUGGAAUUCUGUGUUCAGGGAAUCACUUAGCUUUCGUCUUGUUUCGGGUGAAAUGAAGGAACCAAGAGGUGUAAAUGGGUAGGGGGCGGGAUUAGGCCCAGAGGAGAGCCCCGUGACACACUGCUGCUAGGAACAACCCUAAGAUCACUUUGUACCCCAGUGUCCAGGUGCAGGACUGCAUCCACACUAGCCCAUGCUAACGUCUGGAUGUUAGAGAGGGCUUUCAACUGCUUGCAAAAAGACAGACUUAGCAAAGUGCUAGUGGGUCUUGUGGACUCACAGAGGGCACUGAGUACAGAGACCUAUGUGGCCCAAAACAGAAUUGUCAACAGCCCUCUUAUCCACAGCUAAGGGCUCCCAAAAUGCCUGACCCACCUGGCUCAUCAGGAUGGGCAGAGAAGGGACCGAGGAUGCUGUGCAGUCCAAAUGUGGCUUCUGGUUCUUUCUCUCAUGUGCACAUUGCUCACCUACCAGGUCCUGCAGUUUUCUUACCAGGGGGGUACUGAGGAUACCCAGGGCAGUUGAGUGGAGACCAGGCUACUGUGUGAUGGACAGGCAAAAGAUACCUUUGAAACGUCCCUGUGACCAGAAGGGAAAGACAGCUGCACCUCCCUGUUGAAAAUAACCCUUCUCUUAUAUGUAAAAACAUCCUUUUCCCUCCCCACACUGUGGGACUUUUUGUGUUUGAUUUUGAGGGGGCGGUGGUAAUGUUCUUCUAAAACCUAUCAGUUCUCAAGAUGAGAACUGGCCCUCCAGCCCUGAGCCUUGAGAACUGAGCUCCAGGAAGGCACAGAAGGUGGCUGGCCUCUUACAACGGCAGAGGACAGAGCUCCCAGCAUCCUCUCUCGCCCUCUUCCCAUCCUUUCUCCGAGUCCACCCUGAGUCCCCAUCUUGCCACAGGAGCUUCUUUGCAAAGAGAAAACCCAGGGCAAGGCAGGCACCUCUGGCACGUUUCUGGGUGGGGGCAAAGAAGGCUACAUAGAAGCACAGUGGGCGCUUCUCCAGAGGUGGGUGUCUGCCCGGGGCAUUUUGAUAUUACCUCAUUCCAUAACUUUAUGUUUCCCAGUGACUGAUGCUUUAUUUAUGCUUGUUUGUCCUGUAAUUAAACCAUCCACAGACAUUUCGCUUUGCUUGUUCGUUCCUGCGACCUUGUUCAGGUUAAAUAUGCUGAUUUGUAUUUUCCUGCCUUGGGAUUUUGUGUCCGGUGUACAGUAUUCUGAGGGGGAAAGGAAAGGAAAAGCGUGUAAAGUAACAGAGAGAGGUGGCUAUAGUGUAGAGACCUCUUUCUAAUAAAGAAAUGAAAAUAUGUA